AUGAUGUUAGCACGCUAUAUUAUGGAACAAAAAAAACAGAAGCGGUUGGGUGUUUUUAGUAAUAUCCAGUCAGUUUUAGAUGACGAGAUUCCAAAACCUCAAUAUGUACAAGCACCUGAAGCAUCUGUGGAUGACGAAAGAAAAACAUUUGAAAAUUAUUGCGAGAAUCAAAUAAAAAACUAUAUGAAUGACUACAGUGAUUUUGAAGCACCUCAGCAAGAGAAUAAUAGAGAAACUGAGAUAUGGCCACCACCAUUACCACCUAUACCUGAUUUUAAUAUACGUCAUACAGUGUUUACCCAUAAAUCGAUGGGCACUUUAUACCAUGCUUCUAAAUCUUCAAAUAAAUUAGAGGUUCACAAUGAAAGAUACGAGUUUCUUGGCGAUUCGAUUGUCAAUAUGAUGUUUGCCAUUAUUUCUUGUGAAAAACUUCCAACUGUUACUGAAGGUGAUCUUACGGCAUUUCGCCGCCAGUUGAUUUCAAAUAAUACAUUGGCUCUAUGGGCUAAAAUCUAUGAAUUGGAUAAAAGGUUGCGAAUAACCCCACAAUUUGUGCAUAAUAAUACUUAUGUAGUUGGUGGAAAUGAUCAAAAUAAGGAUACCCCAAAGUAUGUUGCGGAUGUAUUUGAAGCUUAUGUUGGAGGGUUGUGGACUUUUCAUCUUAAUAACGAUGGUAUUGAUGCAGCUUUUAAAAUUGUAAAAAAAUGGUUUGAAAGUCUUUCAGAGCCAUUUUUUGAAGCUAUUUGGAAAGCUGCCAAUUUGGCACCCCCUCCAGAAGUGAAACACAUCACGGCAGAAAAAAAUGAAUUGAAAAACAAGUCAACCCAUAAGGAUAACAAUCAAAAACUACCCGUGAAGCGAAAUGUGAUGGGGUUGGAAUCUAUGAACAACUCUAUAAAUGGCUUAAUAGAUAACAGGGUUCCAAAUAAAAAUGCAAAAUCAAUACUUUAUGGUAAGAUUGGUAAUGCUUCUUUAAAAAUUACUUAUGAACUGAUUGCUACUGAUCAUGACUCUUUUACGGUGGCAUGUAAAAUUGGUGAUGAAGUAUUGGCAAUUGGAAAGGCUAAAACUAUAAGAGACGCUGGAUGUUUUGCUGCUAUGGCAGUGAUAGAAGAUGAAGAUAUUAUCUAUAAGUACUCAAUGAAACGGGAAUUGCUAUCUUCAAGAGGAAGAUCAGAAAAUCAGCAAAACUUUGGAUCGGAUAAUGGUAAUAAUCAAGAAGGCGAAGACAGUGAUGAUGCAAUAAUUAUUGGGGUGUCAAAUUGUGAUGACCAUUCUACGAAAACCAAAUCAGAUGACUGUAACAACGACAAUGGAGACGGUGAUGAUGAUGAUGAUGAUGAUGACAACUCUGUGAUUAUAACAGAAGAAAAUAAAUCUUUAAAAAAUUCUGCAGAGACAGAUAUAUCUUUAAACCCUAAAAAGGUUGAUAUUGAAAAGAAUAAGGACUGGUUAGAAGGUAUUGCAAGUGAGCGAGAUCUUACACCGGAGACUAUCAAGAAGUAUGCGGAAGACCCUGUUAAUACUUUGAAAAAGUUUCUGAAGCCAACUGGGAAGAAUAUUGAGUACGAAUACAAGGAAAAAGAAAAUGAAUGGGAGUGUACUUUGUUGGUGGAUAAAAAAAUAGUUGGCACAGGUACUGGAUCUAAAAAAAGUCGAGCAAGAAAGAGAGCGUCGUUACUUGCCUUGUUGACAAAUCAUCAGGAACUCCAUAAGAGCUUGGAUACAGGCAGCAGCAUUUCUUAA